CACCAAAUGGAUACUUAUUCCAAAAUAGUUUGUACUCUAGAUUCAUAUCCAAAGCUCAACAGAUCCUAUUAGCCAAAACCAGAUGGUCAAAGAGCUGGAGGCCCGAGUCCAUCAGUUGACAGUGGAAGCUGAAACAAGUCAUUUGCAGCAUCAGAAAUUAUCCCAAGAGAAAAAUAAUCUGGAACAGUCUUACCAGGUUGUGUCUUUAGAACUUGAAGAAAUUAAGGCAAGGCAUAAUUCACUUCAGAAAGAAAAAGGCUGCAUGAUGGAAGAACAUAAAGAGAACAUUAAACAGUUACAAAGCCAGUAUGAAGUGGAUCUAAAUUUGAUGAAGAAGGAACAUGCUCUUUCUGCAAUGAAGACAUCAGAUGUGACAGAAGACUUAAAGCUGUGUGUGUCUGAAUUAGAACAACAGUUACUAGAAUUGGACCAUCAAAGGCAGCAACAACUGCAGGAACAAGAGCAAAUGUUUCUAGAAGAAAAAGCUGAUUUAGAGAGAAUUCAUGACAAAAAGAUUUAUGGAAUUCAAAGUGAUUUCGAUAAAGAAAGAACAGAAUCACAUAAGAAGAUACGGAAGUUGGAAGAUCUUCUGAGGGAGAGGGAGGAGCAUCUGACUCAGGUGAUGGAGGCACAGAAACUACAAGCCCAGCAGGCUGAUGCUGCCUUGGAGGAGUUUACGCGUCAGGUGGAGAUGAAUUCAGAAAAAGUGUACGCAGAAAUGAAAGAAAAGGUGAGAAGAGAUUUGGAAAACGUCAUUCUGGCUCUUACAGAAUUUGUGGAACGUGGUGUGUAUUUUAUCAAGGAAGAUCUUGAAGUGGUUGAGUUGCUUUAUUUCUGUUAUUGCAUCAUCCAGCACAAGUUGGAGGCAGUGGUUCAAGCACAGUCAGGAAGUUGUGGACCUUCAGUGGAGGAGAUGGACUUGCUGCUUUCUCUGACCUCAAGUGGUUGUGCUGGUGGUACUGCUGGUGGUGGUGCUGGUGGUGGUGCUUAUGGUGAGAUAGUAGAGCUGAAGCUGGAGCAUGAACAGGAAAAGACGCACCUAUUCCAAGAACAUAACACAGAAAAGGAUUGCCUGGUCCGAGACCAUGAACGGGAAAUUGAGAAACUAGAAAAACAGCUUCGGGCUGCCAUGACAGACUACGACAAUAAAACCCAGGAAUAUAGGAAACGAGAUGCUCAGAUCAUCUGUGACAUGGAAGGCCAGAUCCACACUCUGAAGGAAGAGCUGAUUCAGGUGAAUACUCAAAGAAAACAACAAUUGGUAGAACUUAGUCUUCUUCGGGAAGAAGAAAAGCAAAGAGCUGCUCGAGAUCAUGAGGCUGCCAUGAACAAAAAGAAAGCUGAGUCAGAAAAAAUGAUUCUGGACCUGAAAAAGACUAAUGCUGUAGAAAAGGAGAUGGUGCUGGAAAAGGCUAACGACAAGUUGAAGCAGAUUGAAAAGGAAUACAGUCAGAAACUCGCCAAAUCUUCACAGAUCAUAGCUGAACUUCAGACAACAGUUUCCUCUCUGACAGAGGAAAGCAACCAGCGGCAACUUGCUGGAGAAAGGCGUCUGCAAGAUGUUUUACAAAAGUUUGAAGAUGAGAAGCAGCAGCUGAUUAGAAAUAAUGACACAGCAAUCAAGGGUUUACAAUAUGAGAUUGAAAGUUAUCACAAUCAGGUGCACUCUGCAGAAGAAAAGCUGCAACAGAAAGAUCUGGAGGCACAGGAACAGGUGACUUCUAUACGGCAAGAAUAUGAAACCAAAAUGAAAGGUCUAAUGCCAGCAUCUUUGCGACAAGAACUUGAAGACACAAUUCUAUCACUAAAAUCUCAGGUAACUUUUUUACAAAAAAGAGCAUCGAUUCUACAAGAUGAACUGAGCACAUAUCGCACCAGAAGGUAA